CUCGUAAGCAUCAAAUAAUCCACAGGUCUCCCAAACUGCCUUUUUUAUAUUCGCUUGCCCACACAGAGUCUCAAAGCAAAACUGGAUUCUCUAUACGCAGACACAUAGUAGUUUAGAGCAGAUAACGGUACUUAUGUUCGGUGGAGGCAAAGGCAUGGGCGGUGGCGGCCAUGGAGGCAGUAUGAUAAAGGUAGUUGGUAGGACAGUUACUCGUGCUGGUGUCACGAAUCUUCAAGAAACUAUAUCUUCAUCUUCAAAUACUACUCCUACUUCACCAACUUCUCUUUCUAGGUCAACCCAUAAGCUCAGUUCGUCUAAUAAUGUUUUAAGCUUGGCUUCCGGUCCUGGGAAUCCUUUUUCUGCUUGUAGUACACCAAUAUCUGCCAAUUCUGGAGGACCUAAUGCUACUUAUUGGCCGGCUUUUGGCCCUCAUCCUGGUUCCUGUUAUGAUGACUAUGAGUGGGUGUCUGUGGAUGGGAGUGAAGAGGAGAUUUCAGUUUCUGAUGAUCUUAUUUUGGGUCCUGUUCCUUCUGUCGACGAAGUUAACAGUGCUGUCUCUGCGCUUAAACAGGUAUUUGAUGCUGCCUCCUACUCCCAGAUGGUUACAGAUAAGUUUUCAUGUACUGUGGAUAAAGAUGUUGAUGAAAUUUCAAGUCCAACCAGCAUGCAACGCCAUAUUUCGCCAGUUGGAUCAGAUUCAGAUUGGAUGGAGCCCUCUCCAAACCUGUGCCACUCACGAAUAUUGCAUCCUUAUGGACCUGACCGAGUUUAUGAUGCUUUCCAUUUGUUGCAGAAUGAGCCAUCUAUUCAGAGGAUGGUCAUCUCAUUAUCUUCAGACAGAGCUGUUUGGAAUGCUGUUUUGAACAAUGAGGCAGUUCGGGAACUGCGGGAGACCUUCAAUGCAGAAGAAAACAAUACUUCAGCUACCACAGAGAGCUCAGAUGAGACUCACAAUAGGUCAAACCCAACUAUGGAUGCUGUAAGGUGGAUAUUUGAAAACACAAAAGCGAAAUUCAUGGAAGCAAUCGAGAAAAUAACAAUGCUGAUGAACGAGUUGUUCAAGACAACCAAUGAUGAGAAGACAACAACUGAAAGUGGAACUACAGAUCCAUUUGAGGAAAAGCUGAGAACAUCUUUCCUGCUAUCUGUGGUGGUUCUGCUGGUGGUGGUUGUCACUCGAGCUCAUAUAGCUUGACUAUAAUUUGCCGACAUGACAGGUAGCUUUCCAGUGGUUACUGGACACUGAAAGUCUUUCAGCUGAAGAUGUACAAGAGUCAUCGCUAUAUUUAUGUAAUUAGGUAAUUAUGAGACGAUCGAACCGUCAAAAAAGUCUUCAAUUUGUGGACAGGUUACGUACAGUGUUGUGGUACUUCUGAAUGUUAAACUCUUGUCAGUUAAAAGUGUCUUUCAGCUUAUUAUGUGGAGCCUUAAGCUGGAGGAAGUUGUCAAAUUUAAUUUGCAUCGAAUCCAUGUUCUUGUUUUUAUUACUGAAGCUUUGUGACCCAAUUUGUAAAAUGAAAAAAGCAGUAGUUCUACGAUAUUUUAAAAUACAGACUUCUUUGUCAUUCUUCAA